GAAUAUUGAAGAAUAUUGCUGUCGUCGUCUUGUCUUCGUCGUCGUCGCCUUCGUCGAAGUUUUCGUUUUCGAAGUUUCGCUGCUUUGCAAAUAUUCUGCAAAUUAUUUUCCUUCAAGUAUCGCCGCAGCUUCACGCGCCGCUUGUCGUCUACUUUACCAUUUGUCCUGUUCAAGUGCAAUCCUUUCAACUUUCAACAACUAUCAUCAUUUCUAUCUAAAGCUUAACAAACUCUUCAAUCAAUUACACUAAACUUAAACUAACCAAUAAACAAAAUAACCUAACCGGUAAAAGGAAAAACAACACAACCACAAAUAGUGCAAUCUUCAAAAACUCAGCUUCAUCAAAAUAAAAUAACAAAAUUCAAAAUUCAAAAGCAAAAGCCUAAAGGUGUAAUAAGAAUAACACAAAAGUGACACACACAGUUUCCUAAAAACAAAAGUUCAACUCUGUCGAAACUCAAUACGAAAACAAUCAAAAUUAAAAGCUCAAAGAAUUCUUACCUUCAUGCCAAGGUAGGAAAAGUGAUACAAAAUACAAAAAUUCCCCAAAAAACUAUUUUUUUAAUUUUUUUCCAUCAUUAAUUUUCCACCCGUUUCCUUUCUCGUUAUCACUAGUCGUUCUUCGUUUUCUGAGAACAUCAGUUUUUUUUUUGUUGCUGUUUGGCCCUUAAUUAUAUCGAUUUCCUUCCGAUUUACUUAGUUCUUGUUUUCCAUUUAAAUAUAGUUGCUCCAUCCAAUUUGUUAUAAAAUAAAAUAAAAUAUAAUCACGAAACAACAAAAUUAAAAAAGAAAAGUAAAAAUACUUAGUUGUCGUCGAGCGAAAAAAAAAUGUGUGUGUCGUCCUCGUCUGCGUUUUAUUGAUUUUUAUAUUAUUUUGUAUUCUUUUUGCUGGGAAGUUGCGAUUUGUUUUAUACCUACUUUGUUUCUUCCACCAACAGAAAUCCAACAACUUAACUCAACAUUCUCUAAAAAAACAUAAAAUACCUCAACAUUUUGUUUAGUUAAAUAAAUUUUUGUUUUUGUUUCGUUAUUCGUUUCUUAGAAAAUCAAAAUCAUAAAAAUAAAACAAAAAAAAACAUAUUCACGCGUGCUGGACUCGUUCUUCCGAAUCUGAUCAGAAAUAAAAAAUAAAAAAAAGCAAAAGCAAAGUGAACGUAUCUUCUAGAGAUACCUUCCAAGUUCCAACCCCCUCAAAGCCUCAGAGCAGAAUACCAAAUUUUACAAGUUUUUUUAUUUGUUUGUUAAGAGAAAAAAAUAGCAAGCAAAAUUCAGAUAAUGCUAAACAACGAUACAAAUUUUUCGGCGCAUGACACUGGUAAUGGGUCUGAAGAAAUAAUGGAAACCGUCAUCUUAGAUCCAAAUCAAAAUUCAAACGAAAGUCAGAGUCCUCCCCUACUGAUACCAAGAGGGGAUACAAUGAACGGAUACAGUCGGAAAGCCCCCUCAAAGCGACGAUAUGAAGGUUCAAAGUUCACAUUGCAUCCGAAAAAGAAACCACGUGCUGGAAAAGAAAGGAUUCCGCAACCGAAGAACACAGUUGCCAUGUUAAAUGAGCUCCGACACGGUUUGGUAUAUAAAUUGGAAUCACAAAGUGGACCAGUACAUGCACCACUCUUCACAAUUUCCGUUGAGGUCGAUGGACAAAAAUACAUUGGUCAAGGUCGAAGUAAAAAGAUCGCUCGCAUCGAAGCUGCUGCUACAGCGCUGCGGAGUUUUAUACAAUUCAAAGAUGGUGCAGUAUUAACACCAUUAAAGCCGGCAUGUAAUCUUGAUUUUACAAGCGAUGAACAUCUGGAAAACGGUAUUAAGAAUUCUGAUAAAUUGGGAUUUGCCGAUUUAGUUGAGCUUGUAGACAAUUUUGUUAAGCAUGCUAAGAGUGCAAAAAAGUUGACACCCCUCUUGAAUGGCCAAUUGUCAAGCAUGUCAACUGAAGUGUCAAAAGGUGUUAUUACCGUUGAUGGACAGAAAAAAGUACCAGAUAAGGGUCCAGUCAUGCUGUUAUAUGAACUUUUCAAUGAUGUGCACUUCGAUUGUUCAACGAUAGAUGGCGCCCAAAACAAUUGCCGCUUUAAAAUGACUGUGACUGUUAACAAUAGCAAAUUCGAUGGAACUGGACCAUCAAAAAAAUUAGCCAAAAAUGCAGCAGCAAAAGCAGCCCUUGCCUCCCUUUGCAACAUCUCUUACAGCCCAAUGAUGCAUCCCCAAAAGAACGUCCCAAUUCCCAUUGAUGACAAACAAUCAUCAAUGGAAUUACCUCAGAUACAUGCAGAUACCAUCGGAAGACUGGUACUUGAGAAAUUCAUGGAGGUCAUCAAAGGACAAGAAUCGUAUUCGAGGCGAAAGGUUCUGGCCGGUAUUGUCAUGACGGACAAUAUGAAUUUCAACGAAGCAAAAGUCAUAUCUGUAUCAACCGGCACAAAAUGUGUUUCCGGAGAGCACAUGUCCGUUAAUGGAGCUGUUUUGAAUGACUCCCAUGCGGAGAUUGUAUCCCGGAGGUGUUUGGUAAAAUUUUUGUACGCUCAAUUGGAUCUGCAGACGAGUUCGUCAACAGCAAAUCAGUCAAUUUUCGUGAGGAAUACAGACAAUGGGCAAUAUCCCUAUAAACUAAAAUCCGGUGUUCAUUUCCAUUUGUACAUCAAUACAGCGCCUUGUGGUGAUGCACGGAUUUUUAGUCCUCACGAAAAUGACACUGGUGUUGACAAGCAUCCAAAUAGAAAAGCCAGAGGACAAUUAAGGACGAAGAUUGAAUCUGGUGAAGGAACGAUUCCGGUCAAAAGCAGUGAUGGAAUACAAACAUGGGAUGGUGUCUUACAGGGACAACGUUUAUUGACAAUGUCAUGCUCGGACAAAAUUGCCCGCUGGAAUAUUGUGGGUAUACAAGGCUCUUUAUUGGCUUCAAUUGUUGAACCAAUUUACUUGCAUUCCAUUGUGCUGGGAAGCUUAUUACAUCCGGAGCAUAUGUAUCGGGCUGUUUGUGGUCGAAUUGAGAAAUCAAUCCAAGGGCUUCCGCCACCAUAUCAUUUAAAUAAGCCACGACUAGCUCUUGUUACAUCGGCCGAACCACGUAAUCAAGCAAAAGCUCCUAAUUUCGGUAUAAAUUGGACAAUUGGUGAUACUGAGGUGGAGGUGGUGAAUUCAUUGACUGGCAAAACGGUCAAUAAUCAAAUAUCUCGAAUAACCAAACAGAACUUUUUUAUGAAGUAUGGAUAUUUGGUGAAAAACUUGCCAGGCAUGCCAUCAAGAAAGGUGCCCUUCGAUUAUGGCGAGACGAAGUCGAAAGUGAAAGAUUAUCAGAUUGCCAAACGUGAACUAUUCGCAGCAUUCCGGCGCGAGGACUUGGGCAAUUGGUUAAAGAAACCAAUAGAACAAGAUGAAUUUGCUCUUCCUGAAUGACUACUUUUACUUGAUAAUAAUUUAAAAGAACAAAAUAUUAAAUCACACACAAAUGAUGACGACUCCCUGGCAAUAAAAUUUAAUCAAAUUCAAAACAACGCAAUUAUUGUAUUCUCCGAAGAAAAUGAUAAAGCAUCAUCAUUUAUUAUUAUGGCCGUAACAGCACUCUCAUUUAACUAUCACCAACAACAAAAUCAACAACAACCAAAUUUUGCUCUCUACAAUUAUUAUUACACCAAAAUAUUAUUCUUCUACUUCAUCAUCGUUUUCGUCAUCUUCUACUUCUUCUACAACAAAAACCAACUCAAGAUCUCUUCUAUUUCCUCCUUCUCUUUGAAUGACAAACUACCUGGAUCUCAAUACGAGAGGAUUAAUAAUAAUUAUUUAAAUAAUAAUAAUAACACUUUAAUAAUUAAUUGUAAUCAAAGAGAUAAAACAAAGACAACAAAAAACAAUUACAACAAAUUUAUCAUCAUUAUCAUAAUUGCAUCGAUAAGACUAAUUAAAGUAAACAAAAUGGCAAACAAAAUUAUUAAAUUAAAUUUUAAAUUCAAUUUAAAAUUUGUUAUAAUAAAAUUUAUUAACUAUUAUAAUGAUAAAUAUAUCAAUGGUGACAAAGAGGAGAAGAAAAUUAUUAUACUAUCCAAAGAUGAUACAAUGAAGCGACGAUUAAUGCUAAGUAGUGAAAGUAAUUAUAAAAUAAUUAACAAUAAUUUAAUUACAAUUAUUAUACAAGAAAAUAAUAAUAAUUAUAAUAUAAUUAGUUCAGAAUCAGAAAUUAUUAAAAGUAGUUCAACAACAAUUAGAAGUAAUAGUAGUAGUUUAAUAUCAAUUGAAGUUUACAUUAAAUUGAUUCAAUUAAUAAUGAUAUUGGUAAUGCAAAUGCAAAUGCAAAUUAUAAUCAAAAUUAAUAUCAACAAAAACAUACACAAAAUGCAAAUUAAACAAAUUAAAAUUAAUAACAAUACGCUCUUAAGCAACAGCAACCACAACAAUAAAAUAUUAUUACGAAACAAUAGCAAUACAGGCAAUAGAAAUCACCAACAACACAUUUACAUUAUCACUGUAACUGUCAUUGUCAUUGUCACUGUCACGGUCACUAUCACCUUUAUUUGUAAAAAUGACGAAUUGUUGAAAUUAUUAGAUCAUCCAAAGGACAACGAAGACGUUAAAGUUUAUAAACACAAAAACGAAGGCGACUCUUGUCCUUUUAUUGGUAUUUUUGUGUCUUGUAUCGCUAGAGAAUCUUUAAAAUCUUCAUCUUAUUCAUUAUAUUCUUCUUGGGAUUAUUACAUUACUCAUGCUGCUGUUGCCGCCGCUGCUGCUGCUCUUGCUGCUCAUAUCGGUCACGCAAUUAUUGAGAAAUGCUCUAGAAUAUUUCUAGAAUAGAAUGUAGCUGAUUUGCUGGAACUAAGUAAGAAAGUAUUAUGGCGUUUUAGUCUAUUAAAUACAUGUAAUUCAUACACUCAAUUACAAAAACACACUCACACGGUAAUACAAAACAGAAUAAAGAUUACAGUCUUAUUGAGAAAUCUAUUGAUCUGAAAAAUAAUUAAUAAGAAUACAAAAUAAUUUUGUAGGUUUUUUUUUGUUGUAUCUUUCAUUAUGAUUUUAUUUAUAUUUUAAUAUUUUGCUGAAAAUAUUAGUUUUAUUUUAAUUUUUGUAUUUAUAAUUUUAAAAGUGUACAUUUGUUUUUAUUUGGAGAUAGUAUAAUGACUGUACUUGAAGAUAUAACUUAAUAAAAAUUAUUUAACAAUUUAUUAUCUUUUUUUUUAUAUUUAAUAGUAUAGAUUCGCGUUUUAGAAAAUGGCUUCUACCUUAAUUUGGAGUUAACAGAAGAGUUUGUUCUAAAAUUGUUGAUUUCAAAUUAUUUGAAAUAGGAUUGUGGCCUCUAUUUAGAUUUAGGGUCUUACAAAACAUGGCUUCUUGACUUUCAAAAAGAACAAAAAUUCGACAAUUGACAAAAUAUUAAGGCCGAGAUUCUUAAGGUACCAAAUUGUUUAAACACAUUUAGUAGUUAAAUUAUGUACUUAUUUCCUAAACAAUAUCAAUUGAACUCAUGUAAGUUUCGGUCCGUAGGAUUUUCUAUGUAGCAACAAAAUAUAAGAGUAAUAUUUUAUCAUGGAAAUUCAAUUCUAGUAGUUUUUGAGGGAAAGUAUAAAUAUUUAAUAUUAUAUCUUCUGAGCAAUUUUUUGAUCUCAUUUUGACUUCUUGAGGAGUUUUUUUGUGCCUAAUAUGUAAAUAUAUUAAUAAUAAAAUACUCUUAUGCUUCAUUGAAGUUGAUAUACCCCAUUUUUAGCCAGUAUCCUCUAAUUUAUUGAUCGAUAGUUAUAUAGUCUUUUAAGAAUAUUUUAUUUAUUGUUUAUUUUUAUAAUUUAUUAAGUCAACGAUCUUUUUGUUCAUACAAGAACUUGUAAGAGAAAUAUAAUUCGAAGUGACAAAAUUACGUUUUCUUUCUGUACCAAAAAUUCGAAUAUCGAUUUUAAAUAAUUCUUUCACAUUAGGUUUUUAAAAUAUGCUCAAUCGAAAAAUGCUAAAAACAACUAAACACAGGUAUUUUAAGGCUAAGUUAAAACUCGAAAUAUCUCUCAGCAAUAAGUUUUAUAAUGAUUUUACAAAAAACAAUUAUUUCUCUUUUAGAUACAUUUUAAAUCAGUUUAAUAUCUUAGUUAUGAGUCUUUACUUAAAUCUAUAUGAAGUUCUAAGAAAUUGAAUUUGAUACUUUGUAAGUUUUGAAAAAUACGUUUUGGAGUUAAUUUUUAGUGCUGAUCUAGAAUCCAAACUUUAAUUUUAAUUAUUUGCUUCGCUUUCUUCAGUUCUCAAUUUUCUUAUAUAUUUCAAAAACUUGAUAUAAUAGAACAGAUUUGUUACAAGAACAAAACUUACUUUCAAACCGUUUUGCCUUUUUAUUGUUAAAAACGUGGUUUAGCGUUUCUUUCAGAUUUUUAUAAGACAGUUGAAAUCGAAGAACUUUACGAUUUUUCAAAAAUCAUAUGAAAUAAUACAAAUAUUGCAACUGAAUAGUGAAGAAAUGGAUUAUAGAUUGGGAAAACCUUUACACAUUUUAUCGACAAAAAAAAAGCUAGCUACUUCAUAAAUUAAGAUAUCCUCAAAAGGCCUUAUAUACCUGUUGCUUUUAAUUUUAAAAAGUAAUAUCUCAAAAACCUGGUGUGCUAGAUUGAUUUUGAAGUUGGAUUUGAAUGAAGGUAAUCAAUUUUGAUUGAAAAAAGUGCAAUAUAAUUGCCAGGAAGAAAACCUUAUCAACCAGUGUUAUCUAGGACUUUCUUUAUGUUUAUUUUAACUUUUACUCUAGAACAGUAUCUUCAAAAACAUAUCUAUGGUUAAUUGUACUUAUGAACAUUAACUUAGGUUACCCUGCUGGAUUACUGAACUCUAUUUAAUUGUUUGUAUUAAAUAACCUUAGUUUAAUUAGUCCCUUUUAAGUAAUUUUAACUGUUGACAUUGCAAAGUUUGUAUAAAAUCUGGAAACACAAACUUUACGAUAAUAUACCUUAUUUUGAAAAGGAAUCCAAUUUUGAAUAUAUACUUUAAACGGAGACAUGAGAACUAAGUCUAUACACGUAAAGGUAAGUCUACGUGGAAAAUUAUUUAGUUAAAUUAGUAAAAAAAUCAAUAGGUAAAUAAAUAUAUUAUUUUGUUUUUAUUUAUGUUAGUUUUUAAUUUAAACUAUUGGAAUUUAUUUUGUUAACAUUAAAUUUUGUUCCUGUUUUAUAAUUUCUUAGUUGAUUUUCAUGUGAUAAAUCUCAAUUAAACAUACAAACAAAAAUAAUAUGGUAGUGAUAUGAAAAUACAAAAAUAAAUUAACACAAGUAUACAUCUAUUGAACAAGAAAAUAAGAACAUUUUAUUAUAUAAUUAAAAGAAAUAUAAUAAUAAAUAAAUAUAUAAACAAAUUUGAUCUUAUAAAAUACUGUGAUACUAAAUUUUACUAGUACUUCCAGCAUAGCUGCAUUUUACCCAUUCUAAAGACAUUCUAAGCAAAAGAAAACAUUUUAUCAACAAAAAAAUAAGAAUAAAAAUAAAAAUAAAGAAAGAUAAAUAAAUUUAAAUUUGAAACAAGUUAAAAAUAAAGAAUUAGUUUUUCUGUUUGUUGUUUAAUUUGCAUUAAUUAAUAAAAACAAAGAAAAUAUAUUAUAUAUAUCGUAUAUAGAAAGCUCAUAUAUAAAAACAAAAAAUAUAUAAACGAAUCUUGCUUAAAAUAAAAAGAAAUUAGUUAUAUUUUGUUGAAUAUUAAAUUAUAGAAAUCAUUAAUCUUCGUAGUAACAAAUGCAUUAAAAGAAAAUAAUUUACAUAUUUAAAUAAAUAAAAUAAAAAGUUUUGAACUCUUUAACACAAAAAAAUGAAAUAGUUUUUUCAACUUUUUGCCAUACAAAAUAUAUAUUAUAAAAUAUCAUGCAAAAAUUAUUAAAGCAGUUUAUUUCAUGCAUCAUUCGAAAGAAUAAAAAGAAGAGACAAAAUACCUUCUACCUUACCAAUAUUGUUAUAAUUAAUUAAAAGAAUUUAAUUAAACUUCUCUUAAUUAUGUAUUUUGAAGUUUAGAAUAUAAAUAUUCGUUUCUUUCGGGUUUUCUCCGAAUCUAAACCGAAAAAUAAAAAUUACUACAAAGUAAGAA